AUGGCUUUAGUCCGCAGACGUUCAGCUGCUAUAGUUCAAUUUGCCAAAUUAGAUCAAUCAAGUGAAAUUCAGAAAGUUAGAGCUACUAUAUUUUCACUUUGGAAAGUCAAGAAUAGGCAGUCUGACUUUGUUAUAGAAAUGGUAUUGGUUGACGAAGAGGUUUGUAUGCGAUCUUAUGUAUUUUUCUUAUUGACGACUCCAUUACCAUACAAGAUCGCUUUGUGCAGGACAACCCGUGCUAAGGAGAUUAAUGAUUUUCCAUCAGAUUUGCCAGAGAAAUAUUUUUCUGAUUUCAGGUCAAUCAAGGAAGACAAACUCGACAAUGAUGUCCUCAUCGAUGUCAUUGGACAAAUUGUCACCGUUGGGAGUAUGGAAGUUAUAAAAACUAAAGGAAAAAGUGGGAUCAGCGAGAAAUUGAUGAUAACACUUCGGGAUACCAACGAUGUCCAACUGAAAUGUACACUAUGGGGACAAUAUGCUAAAGCAACUGUUGAGUACACUGAUAAACAUAUGGCUGCUAUUGUUGUGUGUGUAAUGCGAUUUGUCUGUAUAAAAGAGUACAAAGGGGACAUUUCAAUAUCAAAUGCUUUCAACUCCACCAAGAUUCUGUUUGAUCGUGAAAGACUUCAGAGAAAAAGUUAUUCGACUUCUUGGGGUGGUGCUAUUGACUACCGUGAAGAAUUCUUAGGUGUGAAAAAUAGGAGGCGGACGAUAGCUGGAAUCCGUGAUAAAAAAGUGCCUGGCAAGAUUGUAACAUGCGUUACGGUCAAAGACAUUGACACUUCAAAGCUGUGGUAUUAUUGGGCAUGCAAACCUUGCAACAUCAAAGUUUUAGAGCAUGGAAUUAUGUCUGAUGAUGAAGAUUACGAUAAGAGGAUUCCUCUUUUCAGUUGCAAGAAUUGUGGUGAUAUUUAUUCAUAUAAUACCAUCGUCGCAAGGUACUACAUUGUAUUAUUUGUAACUGAUGAUUCAGACGUCGAUGUCCGCUUCUUGAUGUUUGAUGACACUGCUCAAAGGUUGUUAGGUCAUUCAGCUGAGUCUAUAAUGGAACAAAAUGAUGAAGAUUUACCAAGAGGGCUCCCUGAUGGCUUGACAAAGCUCCUAACUAUGAGGAUGCUUUUCAAAAUAAUACUUUCAGAAGAACAUACAAAAGGAAGCCAGUCUCCGUAUGUAGUAGAACUAUGGUCUCAAGAUGUCGACAUUAUGACUGAGUGGGAUUCUCGAUCAGAGCAACCGUUGAUGCUUAUGAGUUCAGACGAACUUGAGAAUCCAUCGUCUGGAUCUUCACUCACUCCUUCUUCUAAGAAGGUAAUUAAGAGUCCCGACUAUUUGGAUGAAGGUGAAAAAUCUGUUAACAAAAAGCGACCGAAGCAAGAGAUCCCAAUGAAGUAA